CGUCUCCGCGGCGACAGCGGCGAGCGCGGCCCCUUAUGCAAACGAAACCGGAAGAGGACGUCAUCUUUGGCCAAUCUCAGCGCUCUAAAGUGACAUAAUGGAAUUUUUAGGGAUAGAAAACUUGCAAAUGCGUACUGACGCCCAUAGAUGACACCUCUCGCGCGGGGAGAAGCAAGGAUAUCAUAAAACAAUAUCAUAAAUCGAUUAAAAACAAACGUUCGCGGCAAGAAUUAAGAACAUUAAAGAUAAUCUAAAUGACUCGUUUGGACAGCCGACCCAGCUCAUCCCUCUGUAGGGUGUAGGAUGGGAACAAGCCUUUACCCAGACGAGGACAUACGAGGAAUAUCACGCAUUAUGAUGAAGAAAGACAUGAGUUUGAACCUAAACGACCAGAACAGCUCCAACCUCAAGCCAGAUCUGAGGGAUGCUGAAGGGAUUCUCAAUUCACCCGACUUGGGGCUCCUCAAGCUGGCUUCUCCGGAGCUGGAGAGGCUGAUCAUCCAGGCCAACGGGAUGGUGACCACCACGCCGACCUCCCAGUUCGUCUACCCGAAGUCGGUGAGCGACGAGCAGGAGUUCGCGGAGGGCUUCGUCAAAGCCCUGGAGGACCUUCACAAGCAGAACCAGCUGAGCGGCGGCGCGUGCGUCCCUCCGACGCUCAACAGACUCGCCAGCAGCACCGCGCUCGCCUUGCCCACGGAUCUGCCCGUGUAUACGAACUUGAGCACGUAUGGGAGUACCACGAUGAACUAUUCCACGGACACCAUUACGUUCCCUCCGCCGCCGGCGCUAAGAGACGAGCCGCAGACCGUUCCAGACAUGCAGAUCUUCGGCGACAGUCCGCCGCUCUCCCCCAUCGACAUGGACACGCAGGAGCGCAUCAAAGCCGAGAGGAAGAAGCUGCGCAACCGGAUCGCCGCCUCCAAAUGCCGCAAGCGGAAACUAGAGCGGAUAUCCCGGCUGGAAGACAAAGUGAGAAACCUGAAGAGCCAGAACACGGAGCUCGCGUCCACGGCGAGCGUGCUGAGAGAGCAAGUGGCGCAGUUAAAGCAGAGAGUGAUGAACCACGUCAACAACGGGUGCCAGUUGCUGCCUAAUCAAGUGCAAGCUUAUUAGAGGACAGUCUUUAUCGAUCAGUGUUUGGGUGGUUGACGAACAACAUGCUCUGGUUUGGUUAAACGUCACAUUUCCACAGCAGUGCACGAGAUGUUGUGCUAUUGUCGGUGAUAGCACGACCUCAAGUGACUGAAAUAUUAAGGAACCACGGUGUUUUAUUAAGCAAAUCCACUUCCGCAAAAACAUAGUCCCUGACUUGACAGAGCGUUGCUAGCGAUCGUGCGCUGUUUCGCGGAUCAGUCUUCAGCAAAGAUAGGAACUAACGUUAUAUCUGUUAUUUGUGGUUUAAUAGGCUAUAAUAUGUUUGAUUGGACAAGCAGCGUUCCUAACAUUUUCCUAAAACGUUUAAGUAUUAGUCCGCCUGUACGUGUGACAGCUGUCAGUCUGCGCGUUCGACUCUGUUUUGGUUUCGUUUGGAACUAUUUUCGUUGCUUUUAUUCUAAAAAUUGACAUUUUUUAUUAAACAAUCAUUAAGUACCAUCAACAUUGCUAUGCGGUGAAACCAGCGAUCGGUAAUAAGGCGAACGCUGUUUUGCGUCAUAGCGAGUGAUCAAUCAUACCUAUCUGUUUUAUGUCAUAUUUUUUAAGAAGCGUUCCUAAAGUUUUCAUAAAACAUCACUGGGAAGUUCACUGUUUGUAUCAGUCCGCUGUGCGUUGCUUAGCAACACAAUCGCGUUUUGGUUUCUUUUGGAACUAUUCUCGUUGACGGUGUUUUUAUUUUAAUAUUUUCAUUAAAUUAUUAUAUUAAUUGCAAUCAUUCCGAUAGAAAAUACAGUCCUUGACUUGACUAAAUGUUGUUAUGCAGUUUUUGUUAUGCUAAAAUGUGUUUUACGUCAUAGCCGUUUCUUGUAUUUAAGCACUACUGGAACGCUGCAUUGACCAAUCAUCAUCCAUUUUAUAUAUUUUUUAUUUUCUUUAUAUUGGCCUAUACAACAGUUAGUUCUCCUACACUAGUUUAAUUGCGCAAGCAGUAUUUCUAAACACUGUAUCACUAACUUGUUGACAGCUUCUUCUGGAACUAUUUUCUUUGGCAGAGCAACAGCAAAAUGACUGGCUAUAUAAUGUCAGUUACUCGAUAUGAAUGGCUGUAUAAAAGCAAUAUCACAUAUCAUAUUGCUUAAAUUAAUUCAUAUCAGCUGUCUGUGUGCUAAAACAUUAUUCUGAGCUCAACGACCCAUUCACUGAUGCAUAAAGGCCACAGACUGAACUGAUCUCUCCCUUCCAGUGGCCGUUCGUUCUGGUUGGACUGUUGAAAUGGACACUACAGGUGCUGAUGUAUUAUAUGUUUACAAUAUUUUGUAGCAAACGGACUGUGUGCUACAUGGUUUGAUCUCAUGAGAGAAGCAGCUGUAUUUUUGCAUGCUCCAGACAAGCUCCUAAUGAGUGCAAUUAAACACAACAAAGAUGUCAUGCAUGUAUGCUUCAUGUCCAAGGCCUUAUUAAUCAACGACUGUAUCCAUUUUAUAUACAACUACUCACACAAUGUCUUAUUUUAUGCUCUUUUGGAUUUACGUGUGUCGUGUUGUAAAUGUAAACGUUUCACCUGUCACACGUCCUGUACUGCCUUGUGUGUACAUUAAUGUCAUUAAACCUGUUCAAUUCACUUGUUAAA